AUGGCCUCUGGACCUCCACACAUACUUCAUCCUGAGAUAUCCUCUUUGUCACGACGACCUUCUCUCCCCGUCUCUGCCACGGCCACGGCAGGCCUGACCGGGUCUAUGGCCGGUCCACCCUUACCAAUGUCGACUUCGCGGUCGUCAUCGGCGUCUGGCCCACCACCUGCAUCUCAGGCCGCGGCACCUCCACCACAACAGCGCCAACAGCAGUUGCAGCCGCCAGCCAUGUCCAUCUCGUCGAUGACGGGUGGACAAGGGACGGGGCUACCGAUAUUGUCUUCGGCCCUGGCAGCAGACGCGUUGGCGAUGAAGCUGACGCGGGGCCACUCGUGCGUGCUCUGCCAGCAGCGCAAGGUGCGGUGCGACAAGAACAAGCCGUGUGCCAACUGCGUCAAGGCGCAGGUGGAGUGCCGGGUAGUGCCACCGCAACCGCCGCGACGGCGCAAGAAAAAGCCGCACGAGCGCGAGCUGGUGGAGCGGCUGCGCAAGUAUGAGUCGCUGCUGAGCCAGCACGGCGUCAGGUUCGACCCCAUGUCGGCCUCGGCCGUGGCAGCGGCAGCAGCAGCGGCAGCGACAGCACGAGGGGCCUCGCUCGACGAGGUGGACGAGCUACAGAACGAGCUGGUGGGCCUCAAGACAUCGCCGGGGUCCAGCGGCUACAAAGACUACCGGGCGCAGGACGACGGGGGACUACGCGACUCGUCAGACGACGACGUGGAGGGCUCGACGACGAUUCACCACGCGUUCGACAGCAUGUUUGACAACCAGCACCAGGAUGGCUUUCCCUUUGUGGUGGGCGGGACGGCCUGUCGGGUGACGGAUAGCCAUCCGGCCGGGAUGCAGAUCUUCCAGCUGUGGCAGAUCUACCUGACCAACGUCAACCCGCUGCUCAAGGUGACGCACACACCGACGCUGCAGGCACAGAUCAUCGAGGCGGGGGCCAAUGUGGGCCGGAUCCCGCGGGCACUGGAGGCGCUCAUGUUUAGCAUCUACUUUGUGGCAGUGACGUCGAUGAGCGACGAGGACGUGCAGGCGACGUUUAGCGAGGACCGAACCCGACUGCUCGCACGCUUUCACCGGGCAUCGCAGCAGGCGUUGAUCAACGCCGGCUUCAUGCGCAGCCCGGACUUGGCGGUGCUGCAGGCGUACUUCCUCUAUCUUCUCUGCGUGCGCCAGUAUGUCGACCCACGCUCUCUCUUCUGCCUGAUCGGCAUAGCCGUGCGCAUAGCCCAGCGGCUGGGCCUCCACCGUGACGGCACCCACUUCCGCCUGCCACCCUUUGAGGCGGAGAUGCGGCGGCGGUUGUGGUGGCAGAUUGUGGCCCUAGACAAGCGCAUCGCCGAGAUCACCGGCUCUGUCGUCACGGCUCUGUCGGCCGGCGUGACUGACACCCGCUUCCCGCUCAACAUCAACGACUCGGACCUGCAUCAGCAUGCCAAGGAAGCGCCGAUGUCGAAUGCCGGUCCGACCGAGAUGCUCUUCUGUCUGACGCGUGUCGAGAUGUGUAUGGCGGGAGGUGGCGGUGGAAGCAGCAGCAGAACUGGUCCUGGCGUCACGCCAAACGCCAGCGUCACCAGUCCCGGCAGCUCUGGCACGCCGGGUAGCGCAUCAGCAUCAGCGAGCACGGCCACGACAGCUACACGCAAGUUCCACUUCUCGCCCAACCCCAACUCGCCCGACGUGGUGACGCACAUGGCCAACCAAACGCUGCCCAGUGACCCCGACAGCUUCUGCAGCUACAUGGAGAGCACCUACCUCAAGGCGUGCGACCCCGAGAUUCCGCUGCAGUUCUUCACCCUCAUGAUGACGCGCCAGGCCCUGUGCAAAAUGCGCAUCGUCCAGUUUUUGAACCGAACGGGUGUCCCCGGAGGUGGUCCUGGAGGCAUGGGCUCGAUGGGAGCCAUGAUGGGAGGCCCGAUGGGAAGCAUGGGACCACCCGGACCAUCUGGACCUCCAGCAGGACCAGCCGUGGACGAUACGGAACGCGAUGCACUCUUUGUCGAGGCCAUCCACAUGGUGGAGUACGACAACGUGAUGCAGAGCGCCGACAGUCUGCGCGGCUUUUCCUGGUACACGUGCAUGCACUUCCCCUUCCCGGCCUACAUGUUUAUCGUCAUGGAGCUGCGCACGCGGCUGCGGUCCGGCGACCUGGCCGAACGAGCCUGGGCGGCCAUCUGCGAGAACCACGAUCGUCGCGGCCUGGUCCGGAACCCGCGCAGUCCCGUCCAUGUCACCUUUGGCGGCCUCUUUAUCAAGGCCUGGGAUGCCCACGAGACGGCCGAACUGCAGCAGGGCCGUCGUGCUCCUCCCGUUCCCACGUUUAUCCGUCUGCUGCAGCAGCUGGUGCCCAAGACGACGGGACCAGAAUCGCAUCAGCAGCAGCAGCAGCAGCAGCCACUGCCUUCGAUGGGAGGUAGCAGCAACAGUGCCGGAUCUAUGGGUGAUGAUGAGGUCGUCAUGGCCGAGACGUCUUCGUCCCUUCAGUCUCAGCAGCAACAGCAGUUGCAUCAACGGCAUCAACAGCAGCACCAACAGGAGCAGCAGCAACAGCAGCAACAAACACAACAAACACAACACCGACAGCUACAUCAACAGCAAGGUCCGACGCCAAUGUUCCCCGGAACAACUUCCCAGCCGGGACCUCCGGGACUGGCCAGCAGCAACGUUUUUGACGGCCUGAUGCCCGGCAUGGGAACAAACAUGCCCGAAAUGAUGGAUCUGGGAAACUUGGACUGGAACAUGUUCAUGCAGGGCGACUAUGGCAGCUACAAUGCUGGCUUCACGCCCAUGUACGGGUGA